AUGUGGCAUGCAAAGUGGCUUCUGCCCGUGCUCGCGCUGAAGGCGUGGGCGGCUCCUGCAGGUACAGCCAAGGACCAGGUUUCAUCUGUGUUCAAGAACGGAGUGAACUAUACGGUCUUCGAGCACGCCGCUACCGGAGCCAAGAUGGAAUUUGUGAAGAAUUCCGGAAUCUGCGAGACCACCCCUGGCGUAAACCAGUACUCCGGCUACCUUUCCGUGGGAAAUAAUAUGAACAUGUGGUUCUGGUUUUUUGAGGCACGGAACAACCCUCAGUCAGCGCCUUUGGCCACCUGGUUCAAUGGUGGCCCCGGCUGCUCCUCUAUGAUCGGUCUGUUCCAGGAAAAUGGCCCCUGUCACUUCGUGGACGGGGCUAGUGAGCCCUCCUUGAACCCGUACAGUUGGAACACCUACGCCAAUAUGCUGUACAUUGAUCAGCCGAUUGGCGUUGGUUUCUCCUACGGGACCGACGACGUCACUAGCACGGUCACUGCUGCGCCGUAUGUCUGGAAGUUGCUGCAGGCAUUCUACGCUCAGUUCCCGCAAUACGAGAGUCGUGACUUUGCUAUUUUCACUGAGUCUUACGGAGGGCAUUACGGACCGGAAUUCGCUGCGUACAUUGAGCAGCAAAAUGCUGCCAUCAAAGCUGGAUCCGUCUCAGGCGAAAACAUCAAUCUCGUUGCCCUCGGUGUCAACAACGGAUGGAUUGACCCGGCCAUUCAGGAAAAAGCCUACAUUGAUUAUGCUUACAGCAACUCAUACCGACAGCUGAUCAGUUCGAGUGAUCGAUCCAGCUACCUUAGCGCGUACAAUAAUCAGUGCUUGCCCGCUAUCCAGAAAUGCGCAAAGACGGGAUCCAACUCCGAUUGUGUGAAUGCAAGCAAUGUUUGCUACAGCACCGUUGAGGGCCCAAUCAGCAACUCGGGCGACUUUGAUGUGUAUGAUAUUCGGGAGCCAUCCAACGAUCCCAACCCGCCAUCUACAUACUCAAGCUAUCUCGCAAGAUCCUCGGUUGUCAAAGCCAUCGGUGCCAAGUCAACUUACCAAGAAUGUCCCAACGGUGCCUACAAUAAGUUUGCAUCAACUGGUGAUAACCCUCGGUCCUUCCUCUCGACCCUUUCUAGUGUGGUUCAAUCUGGAGUCAACGUGAUCGUCUGGGCCGGAGACACCGACUGGAUCUGCAACUGGGUUGGCAAUUACGGAGCUGCGAACGCGAUCUCCUAUUCGGGCCAUGCAGAGUUCAGCAGCAAGUCAUUGGCACCCUACACCGUCAACGGCGUUGAGAAGGGUCAGUACAAGACUGUCAAUAACUUGUCGUUCUUGCGGGUCUAUGAAGCCGGACACGAAGUUCCCUAUUACCAACCGGAGACUGCUUUGCAGGUAUUCAAGCAGAUCUUGCAGAAGAAGCCAAUUUCUUCGACCUAA